UUCAUAUUUUAUUUUGAUGGUGACAGAGAGAGAGAGGCGCGUUCGCAGCAGCGCAGCUUGGCGGUGCGCUGCACUCUGCAAACCGAACUGGAGCAUCCAUUCACACACGCACGCGCGCGCACACACACACGGACACGUAUCUCACCAACAAGCUGAUGACUACAAGAACACAACGACGACUCGAUCUUCUCUAGUGCAUCCCUGGGGCUUCAUGAGCGUUUUCUAGACGGAAUCACAGGCAGGUCCGUUUUCUGAUUUGCACCUUUUUUCAAAUUUCUCUCCUCGUUUGAUUCGGAGCCAGUGAGAUGCAGCUUUCUACCAGACAGAUGUGCGGUAACACAGCCUACAGUGAUUGCCUCCUGUCUACCGGCUGCAGAUUUGCUGUGUUUGGCUGUUUGGGACUGAGACUUCUGCAGCUGCAAUCCUCACCAUCAACAUCUGUAACUUCACACCCGAUCAGGAACGAGGACAGAGGCUGCCUUUAGUUUGAUCAAAGGGACACCUGUCAGGAAGUACCUGCGUAGGAUGACUCCAAGUGAGCUGCUUUCUUGAAAGCAGCAUGAGAUAAACUGAGGAUUUCUGGAUAAAUCCCUGAUUCAACUUUCUUUUACUGUUUGGAGGCUGAUCAAAAAAAUGUCCCAGUGUGUCAGUUGACUGACAGAGUCACAGUGGUGUUCUCAAACGGGACGUAGCCAGCAGCUCAGGCCCACACCACAGAAGAGAUGGCUCGCCCAGGAUCAGGCUUGCUGGUGCCCAAGAACGGGGUGGGUUACCCCCCUCAGAACCUGGCCAGGGUGGUGGUCUGGGAGUGGCUGAACGAGCAUGGACGCUGGAGGCCGUACAGUGCAGCGGUCUGCCACCAUAUUGAGAAUGUGCUGAAGGGGGACGCCCGAGGGAGUGUUGUUCUGGGGCAGGUGGAUGCCCAGCUCUCUCCUUACAUCAUUGACCUGCAGUCCAUGCACCAGUUUCGACAAGACACAGGCACCAUGAGACCAGUGCAGAGGAACUUCUAUGAGCCGUCCUCUGCCCCGGGGAAAGGUGUGGUGUGGGAGUGGGAGAAUGACAAUGGCUCAUGGACACCGUAUGACAUGGAGAUCUGUGUGACCAUCCAGAACGCCUACGAGAAGCAGCACCCGUGGCUGGACCUGAUCUCUCUGGGCUUCUGCUACCUCAUCGACUUCAACAGCAUGUCUCAGACCAACAGGCAGAGCCAGCGGAAGCGGCGCCUGCGAAGGCGCAUGGACCUGGCUUACCCGCUCAUCAUGGGCUCUAUUCCCAAGUCCCAGUCGUGGCCCGUGGGCGCCAGUUCCGGUCAGCCCUGCUCCUGCCAGCAGUGCAUCCUGGUCAACAGCACAAGAGCUGCUUCUAAUGCCAUCCUGGCGUCUCAGCGGCGUAAGCUCCACACAGGGACAGCUGGCAACUCGGGCGGGACAGGAACACACACCACAGUACGGCAGAGCAACACUUUUGCUGGGACGUCUCUGUGGUCUCCAACGUCCGACUCCUCCGGCACCAACAACAAUAACAUCAGUGUGGGAGGCGGGCAAUCUAAAGCUGAACAGGUGAAGUCGCCGCUGUCCUCUGCCAACUUCCACAGUUCCCCUGUGAUGCCGUCCCUCUCAUCCUCCCAUGGUCACCAUACUCUCACAAUCAACAGACAGAACAACCUGAACCGUCCAGGCACUCAGCGCAUCUCCAUGGGAACCACGCGAGGAGCAAUCCCACCAGGUGUUCCUGCUCUCCCAGUGAAGAACCUGACUGGUUCAGGACCAGUUCACCCAGCAUUAGCAGGUAUGACCGGUAUCCUGAUGUGCGCUGCAGGUCUGCCAGUUUGCCUGACUCGAGCUCCAAAGCCCAUUCUGCACCCUCCGCCUAUCAACAAGAGCGACAUGAAGCCGGUGCCGGGGGUCAAUGGCAUGCGCCGCAAAACCAAGAAGAAGCACCUUAAGAGGGGGAAAAACCCGGAGGAUGUGGUGCGAAGAUACACUGAGAAGAUCAAAGUAGUUCAAGAUGAGGACUGUACCAUCUGCAUGGAGAGGCUGGUGAUGUCGUCAGGCUACGAAGGCGUCCUGCAGCAGAAAGGCAUCAAGCCAGAGCUGGUGGGCAAACUUGGCAAAUGUGGUCACAUGUACCAUCUGCUGUGCCUGGUGGCCAUGUACAACAACGGCAAUAAGGAUGGCAGUCUACAGUGUCCAACAUGCAAAACCAUCUAUGGUGAGAAAACUGGCACUCAGCCUCCGGGGAAGAUGGAGUACCACGUCAUCCCCCACUCCCUGCCCGGCUAUUCCGACUCCAAAACUAUCCGCAUCGUUUAUGACAUUCCUGCUGGGAUCCAGACAAAUGAGCACCCCAACCCUGGUAAAAAGUUCAGCGCCAGAGGGUUCCCUCGACACUGCUACCUGCCCGACAACGAGAAAGGCAGGAAGGUCCUGAAACUGCUAAUCAUGGCCUGGGACCGCCGUCUCAUCUUCACAAUCGGCACAUCCAGCACCACAGGAGAGUCGGACACCGUGGUGUGGAACGAGAUUCACCACAAAACGGAGUUCGGCUCCAACCUGACCGGCCACGGCUACCCUGACCCCAACUACUUGGACAAUGUGUUGACGGAGCUGUCGGCCCAGGGCGUCGGCGAGGACAACCUGAAGGACUGAUGGCCAGCUAAGACGAAAACCAGCAGCAGCACCCCCUUCAUCCAUCAGAGAACAGCGACGCCUCACUCAAACAAGCUCAAAUAUCCCCUCAAGUUGUGGAAUGGGAGGAAUCGAAGCAGAAAUAAGUGAUGACGUUUUGUUUGAUUCAUGCCUCCAGCAUGUGUAAAUCAGAAGAUAUGAGGUUGUAUUAUUGCCGGAAGCUGAAGUAAAUUGUAUUUAAUCAAUUUUAGAUUCAAACCAACGCUUCUUUGCACUUGAAGUUGAGCAGCAACGGCCAAACCUCCAAGGCUCUUGAGCGUAUGGCCCAGAUGAGCUCUGCAAAACGAAUGUCCACCAAAUAUCAGCAACAGAGCGAGAUGUUGGUCGUUCACUCCGAGAAUUUCAGCUUUAACAGUGAAUCCAAAUUGCUUUUAACUUUCAGAAUUAUUUAACUGAUCGUGUCGUUUGUGUAUUUUUAAGAAGAGGAUCCAGGGUUUGGUGAACCAGUUAAAUGACAGUGAGUUCUGCAAUAAAAGUUCCUUCUCUAGAGAGCUCAGAGCUGGUGUUUAAUGGUCAGCACGGUCGGUGUGGUCACCGUUGUGCAGGACGUGUCACUUAGCGGCUCAUAACGGCGUGUUAGAACUUGAGAUGCUGAGUUCACAAGGCAGGAACUGCACUCGUGCUCCAAGGUUAAACUCAUUUGUUUUGUUGACACGCUGAUGAGGCUGACCUCUGUGAAUGUAAAGCCUGCAUUAUUACUCUCCUAGUUGGAGCGGUCCCAGCCGCUGGCUCGAUCCAUCAUGCUGUGAGGAGUGAGUGUGUGAUUGCUUGCUUUGGAGCAUUUUUGUGCUAGCUUCAGGUCCUUGAGGAAAACAGGCAGGACACCCAAUUGGACGUUCGUCUUUCAGACACCAACCAUUUUCCUUUAAGAGCUUCAUCUUGGGCUCCUGCCUGCUUGUGUGGCGAGCAGCUAAACAUCUUGUUUCCUGCAGGGUUUUAGUACCAAUCCUUCUGUAGGAAUUUGACAACAAUUUCCCUGUUCCUCAGCUGCAGAGCGUUUCAUCCAAAGAGUCACGCAGUUCGUUGGCUCUGAACUCUACACACACACACACACACACACACACUUUCCCCUUGGAUUUCAUGCCUCUGAGCUUCAGAUUCUCAAUGUUUCUUGACUCUGAGAUGAAAGACAGACUAAUGGUGCAAAAAUCUCUGCAAGAUUGGAUCAAUUUCAGUGAGUAAAUAUAAGGUUUUUGAGUGGCCACCCAGCUGUGGGGUGAAUCAUAGUCUUCCAUAGCACUUUGAGGCUACUUUAUGUUCAAUUAGCCUGUUCAAUUUUUGUAAAACAAAAACAUAUUGCAAUGAAUUCUGUCUUUUUAUUUUAAGUAGACAUUUAUAAACUGGCUUGUGAUGCUUUAAAACACACACACACACACACAUAUUUGCAGACAUGGUAUAAUUUAACUCAGUUUGAGUCGGUGGUGUAAGUUCAGUUUAUUUUUAUACUCUGUAUAGAAAAGAUGCCCCACAUAUUUAUACGCGGGCACAUGAUAAAAUGAACUCAUAAAAUCUGGCAAAAUUUGUCAGCUUGUCAGGGACUGAAACACGUGGGACUUGUAACGAACGUUAUAUUGCAAAUAGUCUUAGCGUCAUGCUGCUGUCGUUACCUUAAUCUUGGAUCUGUUUAGCUGAUUUCCUGUUGGACACCAAUGAAUCCAGUAAAGCAGCAUGAAGCUGACCCUUAAAGCCCCUGUGAUAGGCCAGUUUUGUCUUUCUACUUGUACAGAACACAAGAAGAGAUGUAGUCAGUCUUUAUGUUAGGUCUGGAGGGAUUCACGCAUAUUUUUAAGAGUUUGUUUUGGUGUUCAGGGUCUAGAAAUUCUGAAUAUGUUACCCAAACAGGAGAGGAAAUUUGUAUUAAAUUGCAGUGAAAUCUGGUUUAAUUUUGACUGUGACAGUUUAUUUCUGCUGCAAAUAACCAUUGAAUUAUCCUACAGCAAUGCAAAGGUUUAUAAAAUAUGUUUGCAUUAAAGUCAGUAAUUAUCUAUAUGAAAUAGAUUUUAGGACUGCGUUGAUCGAUCUUAUAACUGGCCCUGUUCAGAACAAGCCUACCUGCAGGUCUGGUUAGAUCUUUGCAAAAACUCAGUUAUCUGCAUUUUUAAAAAAAGGCAAUCUACAGAUCUGAACUGGGGCUUCUGUGAUGAGCACAUGCUACUAGCUGGUUGGAUCUGAAACUGGCACAUUUCUCAUCUGAUAUAGGCAGUUUUAACUUUAAAGUGGCAGUGUGUAGUUUCCUGGCGCUGUAAGGGCAGUACAUACCUACAUUACAGGGCAGUUGUACACCAUAUUGCCAUGACUGUUGCUAGUUUAAAAAAGAUAUUACAGUAAAUGUUGUUACCUGUGGAGCAGAAAGCAUGCAACCUUGGCGUGACUCCUCAAGCUUUGAUGGUCCUUCAGUUAAUUCCAUCGAGAGAAUGCAAUGCUGAUGCUAGUUUUCUGGCACUGAACUUUCCAGAUAUGCUUAGGGUCCUGCGCCUGCCGAUGAUGUCAUCAUACUACAGCAAUACUUCUCGGUCAAAAUAUAUUGCAUCUUUUUUUUAGUUUGUUCUUUCACAUAGAUUUUGGAAACAGGUUAGCAGUUUUGUGAUUAGAUUUGUAUUUCUUACUGCCUAAAUGUUUUUGAACAUUGUAACGUAACUAUUGUAAGUCGUAUGUCCGGCCAAUCAUCCAGUGUGACAUCAUCGACAGGUGCAGGACCCCGAGCCACCCAGAAGAAAACAUGGCGUCUAAUAUGGCAUUCCCCCAAACAUGCUAGACACCUUCAUACUUUAGACCAAAUGUUUGCCUUUGUAUGGCACAAAGUCACAACUGUAUAUCAUUUUGAUCAUUUUGAUGAAAAUAUCCAGAGAUUAAAGGUAAAAACUACACAUUGUCUCUUUAAAUUGUAUAUUUCUAACAGUUUUUGCUUUUUGGUAACCCACGUUAACCAAAACAAACUCCUAAAAGGUGGGAUUCAGAUCCAAAUUGAUUCAUUUUGAUCUACAUGAAGUUUUUCUUCUCCACAUCUUCUUUACACACUUUACUUAAAGGUGCAGUAAGAAUAUAGUGUGAAUUUUACAGUGAUAAAAUCCCAAUAGAGUCUAAUGUUUCAGUCAUUUUAGAACGAAGGUUAUACUGAAACAUGUUUCAUAUCCAGCUGGCUGCUGUGGGGUGAGCCAACACUGCAGCGCCAACAAUUGUAAUUUGAAUACAGCCUGCAAAAAAGCUCCAGAGUUGUUUAAAGUGGUUGCAGUAAUCAAAUUUUCCCACAGGAUGUCAUUUUUAUAUUCAUUUCUACACAAUGCACCUUUAAAAUGGACAUCAAGGGAGAAUGAUUCUAAUCGGGGAAUUCUUGGCUCCACGUCGGCUCCAGAGCUUCAGCAGUUACAGAAUGAAGAAGAGAGAGAUGGUUUUUAUGCAAUUUACUAUUUUUAAGACUUUAAGGUGACUCGGAUGUGUAGCAGAAAGGCAGAUUUCUGGUUUUAAGGACAGCGGGUGUUUUCUUUACCUCCUGUUUAGCUACUGGGGGGAGUCCGAGGGCGUUAACCAGCUACGUGUUUGAAAACAUAUAUUUUUAAGUCUUUUUUUAAAUGUCUAAAAUAAUUCUUACAUAACAUUACUUUGUUAUUGAGAUUUGUUUCACACUGUUGCAUUUACGUAAUUAGAGGUAGAUCAAGCGAUACAUCCACUUUGUCUGUAUUCAAAGUUGUACGUUCUUGUAGUUUCUGCUGCAAACUGUACUUCUCUCUAAACGAUAUGGUGUGUGUGUGCGCGCUAUGGCUUGUGUCCUUUAAAGAUGCAGUUAUGUUCUAGAAGUGCAUGUUAACCAAACUGUGAGUUGGUGUACUGACGAUGCAUAACUCUUUGUGUAUGAGACAUCCUAGAGUCUUUGUGGUUUUAGAGGUCGUAGUUUGAUCUCCGCAGGGGGAUGGGUCAGCGUUUGGCUGCUAUCCUCAUUGCUCAGACAUCCUAUAUAAGUCAUUUGAAUGUUUUGCAUUUUAAGUGCCCAUUUUAACAGACUUGUUUUAAUCAUGAUUUUGUGUGUGUAUGUGUGUGUGUGUGUGUGUGUGUGUGUGUGUGUGUGUGUGUGUGUGUGUGUGUGUGUGUGUGUGUGUGUGUGUGUGUGUGUGUGUGUGUGUGUGUGUGAUUUCUUUUAAGCAGUGUGACGUAAGCUAAAUGCAAACUAUUGAGACACUGUUUAAACUAUAAAGGGCUUCUUAAUCAGUCGGUCUUUAUUGUGAUGACCUUGUUGCAUGUUUAUGUGUUUCUUUGUGGAAAAGAAAUAUAAACGUAAAAAUAAAUUUGCCCUUGGGGCUCUGAGA